AUGGAGGACACUAUCGUCUUCCAUCCUCAGCUGACAAAAGCCGAUGCGCUGAUCCUCGAAGGUCUCCGCCAAGACAUAAAGGAUUCAUCAUCGAGCAAUGCCGAGACCUCAACCUCAGUACCUACCGCCCGCGAUGAAGAGUUGCUUCGUCAUCUCCAGGCAAUGAACGAUCCUCAAGAUGCGCACUUUGAACCAAGCGUCACGACCAAUUGGGACAUUGAUCAAAUCAAACUACCACUAUUCCUAGAGAAGACAGUGCUGAGACCUUACAUUCGCCUGGCGCGGUCUGUUGUGAGGGUUGAGACUGAUGUCAUUAUGCUUACGCAUCUGCUUCUUUACUUCUCGACCACGAUUCCCAGCGCCAUCUUUUUGUUCACGAAUUUCACCUGGAUCCAUGGCGUUCUUCAUUUUGUUAUGCAGUUUUCCUACAUGGGAGCGUAUACUUUGUUGAUGCAUCAGCAUAUUCACAUGAGAGGCGUUUUAGACAAGAAAUUUGCCGUCUUUGAUCAUCUGUUUCCUUAUAUCCUUGACCCUUUGAUGGGACAUACUUGGAACUCUUACUUCUACCACCAUGUCAAGCACCAUCACGUUGAGGGCAAUGGACCCAACGAUCUGUCAUCGACUAUCCGAUACCAGCGAGACAGCCUUCUUCACUUCCUUCACUACGUCGGCCGAUUCUUCUUCCUCGUCUGGGCCGAUCUUCCCAUCUACUUCAUCCGAAAUGGCAAGGUCAUGACUGGCUUGAAGGCUGGAUUCUGGGAGUUUUCCAACUAUGCUUUCCUUAUCACCAUGUUCAACCUACACAGAAACGCCACCAUCUGUGUCUUCCUCAUGCCGCUGCUUCUUCUCCGUCUCGGACUGAUGGCAGGUAACUGGGGUCAGCAUGCUUUUGUUGACGAUGUUGAUCCUGACUCUGAUUACCGAUCGAGUAUCACAUUGAUUGACGUUGCUAGCAACCGCUUCUGUUACAACGACGGUUAUCACACCUCUCAUCACCUCAACCCUCUUCGUCACUGGCGCGAGCACCCAGUUUCUUUCCAGAAGACGAAACACACCUAUGCAUCACAGCACGCCCUUGUCUUCCACGACAUCGACUACAUGAUGGUCACCGUUCGAUUGAUGAUGAAGGAUUACAAGACUCUGGCCAGGUGCUUGGUACCUAUGGGUGAGCAGAUCGCUAUGUCGUUGGAUGAGCGUGCUGCUAUGUUGGAGACCAAGACUCGCCGCUUCACAGAGGAAGAGAUCCAGAAAAAGUUCAAGAAAUAG